CCUGCACGGCGCCUAUUCGCUCCCUCGCUCGGUCGGUCAGCUCGUCGCGUGGACUCGAAGCCUCGCUCAGCAGGCAUCCUUCCCUUUCCUUCGCUCCGCUUCGUCCCUACAGACCGUCAGACCCCCAUCCCUCUCCCAACUCCAAGCUCCAAAGCCCGCUUGCUGAGACCGAGCUUCUCUCCCCCCCUCCCCGUCGCUCCCUCUCCCGCCACCUUGCGCUCGCUCGCUUGCUGCGGCGCGCCGAGCUACCUCCGCCGUCCGCCUCGCUCGCUCGCUCCAGCGGCGGCAGAGGCCAGACGGGCAGCCCGAGCCGUCCCCUGCCGAGCGGCCCUCGCAUUGCGGCUGCGCCUCGUGGAUUUCCGGUCGCAUUGUGAGACGGGCGGGGAUCGCUCGGGUGGUGCCAGCGCGGCGCGGCGCGGCGGCGGUGGAGUGUCCUCGUGCUGCGCCUGAUCUCGCGCCCCCAGAUUCGUCGCCGUUCCGGUGAUCUGCGCAUUUGCUCUGCUGGACAGUAUCCGGCGGACACAGUGACUCGCCUCAGUUUCGCUGAUACACUUCUGUGUGCUAAUGCGGUUAUAAAGCUUUCAUCACACCUCUGGAACGUUUGUGUGACCUUCAAGGCGUUGAUGAGCACUGAACAACGGUGGCAGUUCAGCAGGAAUUGACUUGACUGGCUGAGUUAGAUGGGUUAGUUGUGAACUGAGAUUCUAUGGAUGCGUGAUAUUUUAGGCUGAAAAUACAGUGAAUGUGACCCUCAUACCAACUUGUCAUAUCAGUUUUGAGUGAUGAAGAAAUGGCACGGUGGUUCUGUCAUAGUAUGUUUGUUCCUAAUCUUGAUGUUAAGAUAUGUGAUAUUGGAUAGCCCGCUUGCUGAAAGAUCUCUUCAGUAUGUCUUCCAACAAAAUAGCACGGCACAGCUACACUGGUUAGAUGUUCCAAACCCACCUGCACUUCAGAAUCCACAGAACUUCUCUCAAGUCAUAUCAACUGAAUUGCUAGCUUCCAACCUUUCCAUAACAAGAAAUCUCUCUGAUAGAGAAAUACAGACAUUGCAUUCUUGGAAUCAUCUGAGGGACCUUGUAAAUAAUGCCCACAUCCUACCAGAUGGAUUGGAUGCAAUCAAGGAAGCUGGAGUUGCAUGGAGGAAGCUAAAUGCAGCCCUUGAAUAUGAUGACUCAGUUGUUUCAUUCAAUGGUAGCACACAGCAUAAGGACAAAGAGAAGCAAUGCCCAUAUUCCAUUAGAAGAAUGAAUGUUACAAGGGUGGGUGAUAGAUUUGUCUUAAGAAUUCCGUGUGGGCUUAUUCAGGGCUCUUCGAUAACUAUUAUUGGCACUCCUGGUGGUCUUCUGGGUAAUUUUAAGAUAGACUUAACUGGAGCUGCAGUCCCUGGUGAACCAGACCCUCCAAUUGUGCUUCAUUACAAUGUCCGUCUUCUUGGUGAUAAACUUACAGAAGAUCCUGUAAUUGUCCAAAAUACAUGGACUAUAGCUGAUGAUUGGGGUUCUGAAGACCGUUGCCCAUCUUCUGAUUCGGAUGCUAAGGACAGUGUAAAAGUGGACGAUUUGGAAAAAUGUAGCAGCAUGGUGGGCAAAGCCCACAAACAGAUCUUGGCCUCAAAGUCACAUUCUAAUUUUUCAAGCAUGCAACCUACAAGGAAAACAACUGCAGAACCUAAAAAAUAUUAUCCCUUCAAACAAGGAUAUCUUGCUAUAGCAAUUCUUCGUGUUGGAGCAGAGGGGAUCCAUAUGACUGUAGAUGGGAAACAUGUCACUUCCUUUGCAUUUCGAGAGGAUUUGGAGCCUGGGUUUGUUGGGGAAGUAAGGAUUGAAGGAGAUAUUAAAUUGCUGUCUGUGCUAGCGAGUGGCUUGCCUACAACAGAGGACUUUGAGCAUGUCACUGACUUGGAAAUAUUGAAGGCUCCACCUGUCCCUACGAAUAAAUCCAUUGAUCUUUUUAUUGGGAUAUUCUCUACAGCAAAUAAUUUUAAACGCAGAAUGGCGGUUCGAAGAACGUGGAUGCAGUACGAUGCUGUCCGUUCAGGAAAAGUCGCAGUUCGGUUCUUUGUUGGCCUGCAUAAAAAUGAGGUGGUGAACGAGGAGCUCUGGAACGAAGCACGGACAUAUGGAGACAUCCAAUUGAUGCCAUUUGUUGAUUAUUACAGCUUGAUUCUUUGGAAGACGAUUGCCAUUUGCAUAUAUGGGACAAAUGUACUUUCAGCCAAGUAUGUUAUGAAAACCGAUGAUGACGCUUUUGUUCGUGUAGAUGAGAUACUUUCGUCCCUACAUCAAGUAAAUAUCAGCCAUGGACUGCUGUAUGGUCGUGUCAAUUCUGAUUCUCAGCCUCACCGAGAUCCGUAUAGCAAGUGGUACAUAACUUCAGAGGAAUGGCCUGAAGAAAGUUAUCCCCCAUGGGCACAUGGACCAGGGUACAUUGUAUCUGAGGACAUAGCAAAAGAAGUUUACAGGAAACACAAAAGAGGGGAGCUAAAGAUGUUCAAGCUGGAGGAUGUGGCGAUGGGAAUAUGGAUCAAUGAGAUGAGGAAGGAAGGCAUUGAUGUCACGUACCAGAACGACGGAAGGAUCUUGGUGGAAGGCUGUGAGGAUGGGUAUGUGGUUGCCCACUACCAGGAGCCAAGGCAGAUGAUGUGCCUCUGGGACAAAUUCCAGAAAACAAAGCGAGGAAACUGUUGCAACGAGUAAGGGUGAACGAUCUUCUAUGUUCUGAUGGCUACUGCUUGCUGGCAUCUAACGGCAAGUUUGAGAACAUCCAUGAAAGAGGAGCCAGAGAGCUUCUCGCGGAUGGUUUCUGAUCACAAUUGACAGGCCACAAUUUUUUUCUGACAUCGGCCAUUCUUUUGUGUCCGUGUUCUGGAGUAGUUCCCUGGCUUACAACCAUAUAUUUUUGUAGGAGAUGUAGUAGGUCCCUUCGGUUUUGGCCAUAGGUAGGGAGGUGUGGCUGCUUGUAACAUAUCAUACGAGAACGUAGGGCUACAUUUUUAGGAUAGUUGGGAGGGCCAGCUUUAGCCAAGAAAAAUCAGUGGAUGAAUUUUGCAUCCGUGUAAAGCUAUUCGAGAACCACUUGUAUAAUUGAUAGUCCACUUGUGUUU